AUGGCCCUGAGGGGGAAAGAUGCUGGAAAGAACUUGGCGGCUAUGGGUGACGCGCUUCACAAAUUUCUCGCAGACAAGCCUGUUGGUAAGAUGGAGCUGCCAGCCCUCGAGAAUGUAAAACGUAUUUCUAAGGAGUUCCUGGAGCAAAAGGAGUUUAGACGCUAUCCCUUCGUACAAAAAAUGCUAGGGAUGUUCAAUGGGACUAUGAAUAAAAAAUGCUACAAGUACUUGAGCUCGAAGGCGACAUGGGAAGCAUCAUGUUCGAAAAAGCCGGAAGCUUGCGCAGCGGUCCUAGCGGGAAUUGCGCCUAUGUUAUUCGGAGGCCUGCGUACUUUGCGGAGGGCGAGCACUGAAGCACUCGCGUCAUGGGUGAAUAUAAACGCGAAAGAGCGCUUGAGAGAUGUAUUGAAAGCCGUAGGUUACGAGGAGCCAGGGUGCCGCGCUGGCAUGAGUGGCUCAGAUAUCCGCAAGGCGUUGAGUGCGGUGGAUAUACGAAUAUUGGACACAAUUUACGACCUAGCUGGCUUCUGGGCAUUCUAUUGA